AUGGUCUAUCUCCCCGCCACAAGACACCUCAACGGCGUCCGCCUCCUCGCUCUGGAUGGCGGCGGCGUCCGAGGCGUGGCAUCCCUCAUCAUCCUCAAGGAAAUCAUGAAGAGAGUCCAAGCGCGAAAGGGCCUCAAGGAGGAAUGCCGUCCUGCAGACUACUUUGAGCUCGGCGCGGGCACCAGCACUGGCGGUAUCAUCGGCAUCAUGCUCUUCCGGCUUCGCAUGACGGCCUCGGAAGCCAUUGCAGAGUACGACGACAUUUCCAAGGAGGUGUUUAGCCCCAAGAUGUACGGCUGGAACAUUACGCGCGUGAUGCCCAACAGGUUUGCUUCUUGGAUCAACAACAGCAAGACGCUGGUGCAGAGCAGCCGGUUCGAUGAUGCAUCGUUGAAGAAGGCCAUUAACAAGGUUGUGGCCAAAUAUGGCCUGGACGAGGAGGACAGGCGGUUAGAAGGCGAUGCACCUUUACUACACCCCAAAUCAGGCAGAAUGAUUGUCUGCACAACGGCCCAAAACAGGGCUGAAACAGUCCUGCUGAGAUCCUACAAAGACAACACAAUCCAUGUCAAGUCCAAAGUCAACGAUGCCAUGAAGGAGCACUCUGAGAAAAUCACAAUCAGCCUGGCCACACGAGCCACUUCCGCCGCACCCACUUACUUCCCCGAAGUGAAGUGGCCAGAGCACGACCCCAAGUUGACAUUCUGGGACGGCGGUCUCCUCAACAACAACCCCAUCGACCAGCUGUGGUACUCGAGAUAUGAACUCGUCCAGCCAAGCGAGCCAUCCCCUCCAGUCUCGUGCGUCAUCAGUCUGGGCACCGGCUACGUCAGGCCCGACUCGCCCUCAGAGUCAUGGUUCCAGCUUGCGGGCGUGGCAUCUUCCGUCAUGGGCUUUGCGACAAACACAAAUGCAAAGGGCAAGGACUUUUCACGGCACAUGACGGCGUUGAACAAUCGUCCCGAGCAUGCAAAGACGAGAUAUGUCAGAUUAAACCCGUCGCUGGGUGCUAGCGAUAUUGGACUGGCGGAUUACACAAAGAUGGAGGAGCUGAAGACGUUGGCGACCAAGUAUAUUGAGGACAAGGACAACCAGCUGUGGAUUGACAAGGCUGUCCUCGCAGUGUGCGAUGAGUAA